AUGGAAGUUAUGGUAAAUCAAUGGAAUGAAGCUAUCAAAGAGGUUGAAGAAGUGGCUUUCCAACGAAAGCGGAGUCUCCAGCAUAGCAUAAGCAGUAGCAGUAGCAAUAGCAAUAGCAGUGACAGCAAUGAUUCCAAUAAGGACAUGGAUCCUAAAGGUGGAGUGUUAGAGUUCGAGGAAUCGGAGACUAAAGAGAAAUCUUACAUUAUUACAACAGAGAGGAAUGCUGAAAUGAUCCUUCAACAUGAGGAUACAGAGAAUGGAAUAAUUUUACCUGCUUCUGAUCCACCUCUUCCUGAGGAUUCUGCUGCUUUGAACAAUGUGGCAUCUGAAAUUGCAAGAGUUGGCACAGUACAAGAAAAUGGCCAGGAAAGGCAAGAGUUGUAUUUGGAAAAUGUGUUUCAGAAACCUCCAACACAUGGAUUCUACUGCCCCAAUUGUAAAUCUUGUAUCCAAAAGGUUUACAUUCAAAAGGGUGAAUGGGAACAAACAAAUGCUCCUACUCAACCCCUCCAACCAACUGAGCCAAUAAGAUGCUCAUCAUGCUUCAGUUUCCUCAUUCCUAUAGGUGGUUGGUUAUUCCCUGGGUGGGUAUCGGAUGGAGGUGAAGCAAAUGAUCAAGUGACUGGUUCAUCAAAUAACAAUACCCAACCUGAAGACUCUGUACCAAAAAUCAAAGGUGUAUCAGAAUAUGAGGCUUCAGAGCCCAAUCAAUCUGAGGAACUAGUGGACCAAUCUGUGGCCCUUGGUACCUCAAAAUUGGGUAUUAGCAUUGCAAAUGGCAAUGAAAAACAAAACCUGCAAAUUAUUGAAGAAGUGCACCUUCGGGGACCAGGACCACAAAAAGUAGCCAGUGAAGGUCAAGUUGCACCAAAGAAGGGACAUUUUUGGAGUAGUUGGGCGGUGAUUGGUAGUGCUUCUGAGGCCCCUAUACCCACACAACCUGAAACUAGCUCUUUAAAUAGUGAUUGGAGAGUUAUAACUGCUACUUCUCAGUUCACUAUACCCAAUCAACCUGAAUUUGGCAUUCCUGAUAAGAAAGAGCCAGAGCACAUCCAAGUUAAAAUCGAUGAAGUAUAUACAGGACCAAUUGAACAAGUUGUAGCUCCUGCUGAAAGCACCCCACUUCUUCCACGUAGGGAGCCACCUGCACCAGCAAGUAAUAAGACAUGGGAAAUUCUUAAGAGUAUUGUAUACGGUGGUUUGAAUGAAUCAUUAGCAAGCCUUAGUGUUGUCACAUCCGCAGCGAGUGCUGACGCUACCACAUUGAAUAUCGUUGCACUGGCUAUUGCAAACCUGAUUGGUGGACUUUUCGUACUUGGUCAUAACCUUGGAGAAUUGAAAGCUGAAAACCCUAAAAGAGCUGAGAAUAGCACAGAGGAAGCAGUAGUGGAUCGAUAUAAUGAGUUACUGGGGCAGAGGGAGAAUUUCUUUCUUCAUGCUUUUGUUGCAAUUUUAUCAUUCAUUGUUUUUGGAUUAGUGCCACCAGUUGUGUAUGGCUUCUCAUUCCUUGAGAGUGAUGACAAGGAUUUCAAGCUAGCUGCUGUUGCUGGAGCCUCUCUACUAUGCAUCACUAUGCUUUCCAUUGGCAAAGCAUAUAUCAAGAGACCAAACAGCUAUUUGACAUACUUCCAAACAGUGCUUUACUAUGUCACCACUGGUGCUGUGGCCUCCGUUCUUUCUUACUUAGCUGGUGAUCUUGUGAAGACACUCGUCGAAAAGCUUGGAUGGUUUGAGUCAACACCACCAUUUGCUUUACAGAUUCCUAGGAUUAAUGUUCCACAACCCGGAAGCGGAUCGUACUAG